GGGAUAUGCUGGGGCUCAGUCAGGGAGCUGACACUCAGACACCAUGAGCUCCUUCCCGGGCCGCAUGAAGGAGUAUCCAACUAUAGCCAUCGACAAGUUCGAUAAAGAGAAUCUGUCCGCCAGGGCUUACUUCCUGUCUCACUGCCACAAAGGUAGGACCUCCAUGGCAGUGUCACCCAGGCACCACAACCACUGCAUCCAAACAGCACCCUCCACCUGCCUUGGCCUUAGUUUUGCAACUUAUUUCAUCUACCCUCGAUUUAUUAUAUUCACCUCCAUUCAUUAUAAUUACAGGACUCCUAACCCGUGAGGUUUAUUCAGUAAUAAACUGCAAACUCUCCAGCCUAACAGAGCCAGCAUGUGACUGAGUUGAGUUGGAGGAUUGCUCUCCAUGUCUGCUUUUUAUUUAUUUCACCAAAGUUUGCACUUUUUGUUUUUUUUCAGUUUAGCAAAAUUCUGUGUUUAAUGAAAAUAUCCCAAUGGUGUCAACAAUUCCCUUAUUGUAAUAUGUGUAGUGUUGUUAUUUUUUCUUGUUUGUUUUUUUAAAUACAUUUUUUUUGUAGUGCAGUGGUACAACGUAGCAAUAUUGACAUAUGACAUGGAUGUGAACAAAUAUGAAAGGCAAUUAAAGUAUAUUAUGAAAUGUCAAGAUAAGCUGCAGUUUUUGCAGAUAUUUCAAUUAAGUUUGAAUUCUCUGUUCACUUGCCCACAAUUUCCAGUUUAUCAGAUAAUUUUUUAAAUUGUACACUUUAUACACGUUUAAAAGAAUAACCAUUUAAUUUACUAUUUGGGGUAUAGAGGGAGGCCCCUUUUUACAGUGUUUGCUGCCUCUUGUCUAUCAUUUCUUAAAUCUUAAAACUGUAUUAACAAAGCAUUUAUAAUUCAUUUUUAAUAAUACUCCUUUUGUUUUUACGGUUUAUGUUCUCUUUUAAGAUCACAUGAAAGGACUGCGUGCGCCCCUUUUAAAACGAAGAUUGCAGUGCAAGUAUGUUUUUUGUAUAUAUCUAGUCUUUUAUCUUGGGAUGUUUCUUAGUUCUCUUCCAUCUUUUUAUCCUCAAUUCUUCUUCAUGCUAUAAACUGUCCAUAUACAUUUUUUGCCUUAAUGAAAAGCAAUUAAUGUCCUAUAAUGCUGGCUGCCAAAAAUCUGGAUUUAAACAGUAACUCCCAGGUUUGCUAAUCUUCACUGGGGAUUACAUCCUACACCAGCUGUAGAAUUUACCUUUCCCAGGCCUGUUAAAACACAAGUAAAAUAUAAUGAAAUUAUUUUGUUUCUUUUGCAGACUAAAACUUUACCUGUAUUGUUCCCCAGUCACUAAGGAAUUAUUAUUAACAAAUCCAAAGUAUGCAUUCUGGGAAAAACACAUAGUAAGUUAAUUUUGUUUAUUUCUUUUUUUUUAUUCCUUUAUCUCAAAACUUGAGUCCUAUUUACUAGGUUAGUAGGACAAAUGUCAGAAUACUACCAUCAUGUUUUCAGCAUAAUAAAAGUAUAUUCAUGAAAGUGUUGCGGUCUGUGCUUAAGUGCAUGACCACAAAAAUAACUGUCACAUUAAUGCGUGCUGUGCAGUGCAUAAUUGGCUCCUCUUCCCGGUCUUUUGUUUAGCAUGUAAUGCUGGGAGGAGGGGGGAGCAUAAUGACAUGCUUAGCGGUACUAUUUGCAACAGUUUUUGCUUAAGUAAUUUUGCAUUCUAUCUAUAAAGUUGUUGUUGGUUUUUUUUGGCUACGGACCCAUUUUUAUUUUAUUUUUUAAAUCGUAUAUAUUUUGAUUGACAUUGAUAUGUUGAGACAAACUACAUUGCUUGAUUUUUUUUUUUUUUUUCCUCUCACAAUAUAUUAUAAAUAUAAUUUAAACCACCAUUUUAUCACUAGCAAAAUAUGAAAGACAUUGAACCUUGAGUCAGUUUAGUUGCCACAUUGGGUUCUACAUCAUUAGUUACUCUUAAAUGGUUUAGGAAAGAGAGGGUUUCUUAAACCAUUUGGAUUGUUUGCCAGGUUAUACCCUUAUUCAAUGAUUCAAGUGCUCCACUGUUUUGAAAAGGAAAAUUAAGUUUUAUAGGUCUUAUAUUAAAGGUGUUACCUUUCAUAUAGUAACAUAAUUGAUUGCAUUUGUUUAUUUUAUAUAGAUCGCUAUAGAGAUUGAUACUCCAACUCAGAUUUCUUUACUUGAUGAAAUUACAGGAGAAGUAAGUAUUUAUCUUGAAUCUUUGGGAAAUUUACUAUUAUUUAACACUAAACAUGAAACCCUGUCUGAAAGGGAUUUGUACGUAGUCGCAAAAAUUGCACAAACUCUGUAUUAACAACUACAACAAAAUAGGAUUUGAUCAUCAAAAAAAGUAAGUUUUUUUUUUUUUUUUUUUUAUUGCAGAAAGAAGAUAUUUUGGUCACACUCUUACCAGCUGGUCACUGUCCUGGCUCUGUAAUGUAUGAUAUAUAUUUUAUGGUGUAAUGUUUUUCUUUUAUGGUGUAACCUCCUUAAAAAAUUAUCCAAAUUAAAAUAUUUGUAAGCUCAGUUUAUUUUUACUUUGUAUCUAUGUAGAUGUUGUAAAACACUGACUGUGUAGUCUUGUCUUUUUUCCUAUGGCAAUUACAUCACCUGGAGACUUGUCGUGGUCACAUUCUCUUCUUUACUAUUACCAGUUACAGCAAAUGCUUUAAUAGCUGGCAUUAAAGGACCACUCUAGGCACCCAGACCACUUUAGCUUAAUGAAGUGGUCUGGGUGCCAGGUCCAGCUAGAGUUAACCCAAUUUUUUCUAAACAUAGCAGUUCAGAGAAACUGCUAUGUUUAUAAAUGGGUUAAUCCAGCCCUCAAAUCCUCUAGUGGCUGUCUCAUUGACAGCUGCUAGAGGCGCUUGCGUGAUUCUCACUGUGAAAAUCACAGUGAGAACACGCAAGCGUCCAUAGGAAAGCAUUGUAGGAAAAUGCUUUCCUAUGAGACCGGCUGAAUGCGCGCGCAGCUCUUGCCGUGCGUGCGCAUUCAGCCGAAAGUGAGGAGAGGAGUAGGAUCGGUGGCGGAGAGCUCCAGGCCCGGCGCUGGAGAAAGGUAAGUGCUUAACCCCUUUCCUCUCCCCAGAGCCUGGGAGGAGGGGGUUCCUAAGGGUGGGGGCACCCUCAGGGCACUAUAGUGCCAGGAAAACGAGUAUGUUUUCCUGGCACUAUAGUGGCCCUUUAACCCAGGACCGACAAGUGCCAGGUAGAAAUUUUGUCCUGGUGCCUGGGAUUUGGUCCUGACAGCCCUUUUUGUUGUUGUUAUAGACAAUGGAACCAGCGCUUAUGUAUUGAAGUUGAUAUUAAAUAUAAAUAUAAGUUAUAAUAAUCAAUAGCUGCCAAACAUUCAAAGAUCGUUGUGUUUUGUUGUUUUUUUUUUUUGUUAAUUAAAAUUAUGCCCAAAAUAAAAAUGUCUUGAAAUAUAUUUUUUUCACUUUAAAUUUCUGAUUAUUGUUUUUUUUUUUUUUUUUUAAUUUAUUUAUUUUUUAAUCCUCUCUGAGUAGAUGUAAAUUACAUGUGUAUUGAUUGGUCUGUACAUACAAACUACUAAGUAAUUUUGUAAUUCACUCUGAAAUUUUGCAGGUUUCUCUUUCAAGGAUUAAAUGGGACUGUACUUUACACUGGGGAUUUCAGACUGGCGAAAGGGGAAGUGGCUCGAAUGGAACUACUACACUCAGGAAACAGGUGCUCACAACAUUGUUUUUACCGCCAUUCUGUGGGUUAUGAAGUUGCCAGGUCUAGAGCACGUUUUCUUUUCAUUUUAAAUAUGCCUUAUGAUGUAUAGCUUCUCUACAGAAGUAGUUUGAGAGUUUAUUUAAAUCCAGAGGGAGUUUGUCCCUUUUUUUAAAUCUCACCACAUCUUUAAUAAUGUUCACGUGAACCUGGCAGUGUGAUUGCCAACAAUAAAUAUAAAAAACCAUGGUAUCAAAUGUGUGAAGUUGACAAAAGCGGCUGGAAUUUUAACUCAAAUUCUAACGUGAUUUGGCAUUCAAACAUGUAAUUAAAUAGCUGGUCGCGGCAUAGGGUGCUUACAUAAUGUGUGAGAGAUGUCUGCAGUAUUUACAUUUUUCUCUGUUCUUAUUUACAUGUUUUCUAUUGGAUAAUAGGGAAGUUGUAUGGAUACACUUUGCAGAGCUGCUGUGUCUGAGUCCACAUGUUGCUUUAUGUGUAUACACAUCUUUAUAGAAAGAAAAGUGGCAAAUCUUGCUUGAGAGUAUUUUUUGCUUACCUAUUGGAGCACUGAGGGAGUGACUCCUACAUAGUCAGAUCAUAGACCUAUAAAGGAAAGGGGUCUUAUACAAUCAAUAUAUAAAAAAAGAAAUGUGUGUGUGUGUGUAGACACACACACACACACUCUCUCACUAACUCACUUUCUCUCCACCUUCCCACUGGUUUCUUCUACAGAAACAUAAAAAGCUGCCACAAAACCAGCUGAAACCUUAAUAUAGAGUAGGAUUGAUAAUAUAGAGGAGGAUUUCUAAUGUUUUUCUUCCUAGCUAGAUGAAAACAGCCUGUCUUAUCACAAUAUCAAAUAUAUAUUUAUUUUGUUAGCCCAAUAAAAAAAAAAAAAAUUUGGGGGGGUUUUAUAAUAUCAUUAUAUUUAAGCUUAAUGUUAUCUGUUUUUUUAAUUGAAUUUUUUUAUUUUUAGAGUGAAGGACAUUGAGAGUGUUUAUUUAGAUACAACAUUCUGUGAUCCCAAAUACUUUCAAAUCCCUAGUAGGGUAAGUAAUAUUUAAAGGUACUUGCAUGUGUGCUGUUUAGUUUAAUAGUGGUAGAUAUUGAGUUUAUAAUGUUUGUAUGUAGAUUUUUUUUUUUUUUUUACAGGUUUGAAAAGAAUCAGGCCACAUUGAUGAUUUUAAAGGGACAGUAUAGUUACCCGGAGCCUCUACUGCUUAAUGUAGUAGUUCUAAUGACUAUAGCAUGUACUUGCAGUCUGAGCAAUGCAAACGCUACCUUUUUAGAGAAAAGACAGUGUUUACAUUGCUGCCUAGUAACACCUCUAGUGGCAGUCACUCAGAUGAUCACUAGAGCUGCUCCCUAUAUCCACCUGCACCCUAUAUGUUUACCAUGGGAUUGCACCAGAGGCUGGUGGACUUAGGUGGUUGUGUUGCCUAAGCUGUCCUUUUAAUUAUAAAACAUUUAGUUUUUAGUUCCACAGCAAAAUGUUUACUGAUGCACAGUUGUAUUGGAGGGGAAUGGUUAAACAUUUAAAUCACAUUCUGCUUUUAACGUCUAAUUGAUCUUUUAUAGGAGGAAUGUCUGAUUGGAAUUCUAGAGUUAGUCCGUAGCUGGAUCAAAAUGGGCCCUUAUCAUGUUGUAUGGUUAAAUUGCAAAGCAGCCUAUGGAUAUGAAUAUUUAUUUACAAACCUUAGUGAGGAAUUUGGCAUCAAGGUAAGAGUUCAAUGCUUUUCUCCAUACACUGUGGUACUUGUCAUAAACUCCUGCCCAUCCAACCAUUAAAAUGAAUGGGGGGGUAAAAUGUGCAACUAUUGAACAGCAUCUGCAAACUUAGAUGAUUCAUCUUACCCUGCUCAUUUAUAUUUUCUUUAUAAAUGCGUGUUUUGUUUUUGCGCAUAUUUGUAAAACAAGGAAAAUUAUUAGUUUACAAUGAAAUAAAAUGUAUAGUAACUAAUAUCGAUUUGAAGUUAUCUAGACAUUUAAAAAAAAAAAAUUUGACUACUCUAUGUAAUAUAUUUUCUGUAUUUUAACAACUGUUCACAUUUUUAUUCGUUUAUAGUGCACCUUUCAUUUUACAACAUCAGCAAGGUGUCGUAUUCAGAUUAAUGCUGAAAGAUUCAUUAAAAGUUUGUCUUUUUUGUUUGUUUUACCGGGGGGUGGACCACUUGCAGUUGCUGCAGCAACCACUAUGAGCAUGUACAGACUGCACAUAUUUAAAUCUGACAACUUUCUGAUGUACAAUUAAAGCGAUCGUAUAGAUACAAGAGAUACUACAAAUUAAUGUAGAGAUUCUGGGACGUAUAGCCUAUACCUCCAGGCUCAGCAUGGUAAAUGCUACCUUUUCUGAUAAAAGCCAGUGUAUACACUUCUGCUUAAGGCCACCUCUAGUUGCUGUCACUUGGACAGCCAUUAGAAAGGCUUGUUAGGUUCGGUCCUCCACCGAUUGCAGGACCGCCAUUCAGCAUGGAGACGCUGAACGCUCACCAUAGCGAUGUAUUGACUCAAUGUAUCUCUGUAAGGAAAUUGUGGUUGCUGCAUAUAGACCCUAACCUCUCAAUGAUUCCCUAUGAUGAAAAAUUGAAUUGGCUGAGACAAUCUGGGCUGAUGAUCUCAGCAGGGAAGAUGGGGUGGUCGAGGCAAGGAAUAAAAGUUAAGUCAGUUUUUUUAAAUUUUAUUCGUUAGAAUACUAUUGCGUUACGAAUAUAUGUCUAUAUUUCGGACAGCGUUCCAAAUCCAUGUUGUUAAAUUACUGUCUAAGGUAAUGUCCAGGUUACAGUCAUAUUUUGAAUGUAUUUUUAAAAUGAAGUUAAUAGAAUUCUCCAAGUAUCCUAAACAUUACAGUUUGCUGUAGUGGUUAUUGUGUCAGGAGUGCUCGGGCGCCUCUUCAGGUAAGUAGGGAACCAGUAGUAAUGAUUGGGUCCCCCCUCAUAUCCUGUCUGCUGGAUGUUCUCUUCAUUGAGCUAAGCCUGGAGGCAGGCUUACAGCAUAGGGGAGGCAGAGAGCUCCCCCUGCUGAACCCCAUGUUAAAAGUCAAACAUUGGGUGGGGAGCCAGGGCAUAUUUGGCAACAUAACCAUUACUGUGCACUGUGGUGGUUAUGGUGCUUGGAGGAUUCCUUUAAAAAACAUGUAUUUUCUAGUUUUUCACAAUUCCAUUCCUAAUAGCCUAAAAUUGUGCUUAGCUAUAGAAUUUGCUUCUGCAGCUGAGCUGACCCACACAAACUUCUUAUCUAACUGCAAAACGCAGAAUACACAUUACAUUUUAGAAAGCAACAGCAGUGUGUCUGUUUGCUUUUCUAAAAAGAAAAAAAGUGUUGGGGCAGGGCUCGGCCACCAUGCAGGGAGGACACCCAAUUUGAAUUGACGUAAUUAUCUGUAAUUUUCGACAAAGCAAAACAUCUGCUUGCUGUGAAUGCUUAGAUGUUUGCACCAGCACUUUUAUUAACCGAGCUGGCCUGCUGGCUGGCUCUGAUUUACAUGCGGCAUCCUCGAAGUGAGGGCGCAGGAAUAAUUGCUGCUCUUCUGCUGCCCGGAAAGUCUGGAUACCUUAUCAAGUGUCCUGCAUACUCUUUCUGCACCACUGGGGAUUACCCUGGCUCAAGGAGUCCACUUUCUGCAUCACAACGGCAGGCAAAUGAGGCCUGCCCUUCUCCUUCCUCAUAGGAAGCAGCCAGCAAAAGCAGAUUGGACUCUAUCUUUGAAGACUUCCUGAUUUGGAUAUAUACUAUAUGCCAGGCAGGGGAACUCCGAGGCUGCUCCUUCUCAUCGGUAAUAACACAAGGCAAUAUCUGUCCAAUUCACCCCUAAAGCUUUGGGCUGUAUGCCCAGCGGAAUCAGAUAGGUGCGGAGGCACAGGCCCUGUAAGGCCUUCCUGUCAUGGGAAUGCAGUGUCUGGGAUUGAGCCUUGUCAGCGCCUGAGAAGAGCAGGAAAAUUCAAAUUAGUCUCACCAGAGUGUCACUCUAGCUCCUCAUAUGCUGCUUCACCUUGCAUUUCUCAAGGUGGCUGGCGGCCCCAUGUAAUCAAGCAGAUAUUUACUAUGCUGCCACGGCCUCAAGAUUGGGUGUUGGAUGAGAGUUCGCCAUUGUGUCCCGCAACCAUUUCAUGCCUAACUGGGAUUCCUGUUUAUUUUAUUUAAUAUAACCUGCAGUUACUAAACAUGCUUACCUUUACUAAAAAUAAAAUGUGCAAACUUAACCCCUUGUGUGUGACAUGUCAUGAUUCCCUUUUAUUCCAGAAGUUUUGUUCUUAAGGGGUUAAAGGACCACUAUAGUGCCAGGAAAACAUACCAAUUUUCCUGGCUCUAUAGGGUCCUUGGGUCCCCCUCACCCUCUGGGCCCCCCUCCCGCCGGGCUAGGGACUCUCCUUCUCCUUCGGUCGUCAAUGGCUGAAGGUAUGAGCCGCACGCUGGCAUCUUCUCACUGGAAAAUCACAGUGAGCAGCGCGGAAGCGCCUCUAGCGGCUGUCAGUGAGACAGCCACUAGAGGCUGGAUUAACCCUAAAGUUGUUACAGCAGAAAGGGUUAAUCCUAGAUGGACCUGACACACAGACGGCUUCAUUUGUUUUGUAAUACCCCUGCACAACCAAAAUAAAGAAUUUAAUAAAAAGAGCAAGGCAUUGUCCUUAAACUUUUUUUUUCUUAUUGAGUAAUGCGACUAGUAUAUUGAUAUUAGAGAACAAAUUCCAAAAUUGCUUUGUGUUCUGGAAUAUCAGAUUGGUAACAUGACAUGUGAAAAGUCUCCAAGUUCAGUUACUCUUGAUAAAUUGCAAGGGACAAGCGCAUUUGGGUUUAAGAAAUGGAUUAUGCAGCAUUUAACCGAUCUUGUGUAAAUAUAAAGAAAACUAUUGUUUGUAUCUUCAGGUCCACGUGAAUAAACAAGACAUGUUUAAGAACAUGCCUGAUAUCCUGUGCCACAUAACGACUGACCGCCGCACUCAGAUUCACGCAUGCCGUCAUCCAGUGGUAAUUCAUAAUUUACCCAAAUGUUACAAAUAAAUAACACAUAACUGCAUGAUUUCUUACAAAGGGUGAAGGCUAAGCGUAUACCAUUUCAGUCUAUGUACAUGUGUUUUGGUCUCACAUGAGUCUUUGCAUUUUAAUGUUGCAAAAUCUUUCUUUUGCUAAGAAUGAAGAAUUUAUGCAAGGCAACAGGUUACCAUGUGGGAUGCGCACAGAUGAUAAUGUCCCUCUGCGUGUCAUUAGUAUUAAACCAUCAACUAUGUGGUUCGGGGAGAGAAGCAGGAAAACCAAUGUAAUUGUAAGGUAAAUUAAUCCUGUAAACUGUACAGACUUUAUCAUAAUUAUCAUUCUAAUCCAUUGUUUUUAGUUUGAGACUUUUUUUUUCUUUCUAUAAUUUUGCUUUGAGAUGAAGCAAUAUUUAUUGAAAUAUUAAGGUUUUACAGAGAAUAUAACAAACAGUUAUUGUCAUAACAUCAUAAGACAUUUUCACAUCACAUUUUGAGGCGGCAGUAGAAAAAGAAAGUAGAUUGUCAAUAAAACUAAUAAUAUAAACAAAAUAGUAGACCUAGUGCUUAUUAUAGUUUGAAUACUUUAACAAAAAAUUUCAAAGUAAAGUAAAACGAAGAUGUAUCUCACUUAGUUCUGGAAAUUUGUCAGGAGAUAAGCGCAAAAAGAAGAAGAGAUAAGAGAAAGAAAAAAGUGAGAGAGGGUUAAUGCGCAAAAGAACCCGGGGACUAAAAAUCUCAACCAAUACAUUUCUGGGUAUAUUUUUUGUUUCAUAUGAGUCUGAAAUUGCAAGCUUUAAAUUUCCAUCCAUGUCCCUAGUUCAUGGACCCAAGUCUGAAAAGGAAGAGAUAAAUGGUUUUCACCAAAAUUGUGGAGUUACAACUUUGGCUGCAUUGUUCAAUCUGAUAACUAAAGAUUUCCAAAAGUGAUUCACUUUGCAUAUCUUUAGGUGAUUAGGAGGGUGCUACCUCUGACCAUUCUGGGAUCAACAGUGUACUCUAAAUCUUGAAUUUAUAUCUUUUAUUUUGUUACCUUUCACACUUACAGACUUUUAAAUGAAAAUCUCUUCUAUUUAAUAAGGGAAGUAGUCACAUUUAAUUGGAGAGAUCUGGAAUUUAGAAGUGAAUUUUAGUGCACGUAAUAUAUAGGUUUCUUGUAAAAAAUUGUUUUUUGUCUGUUCACUUUUGUUUAUUCUUUGCCAUGGGGAUAUUAUUAUAGCAAGCACAGGCUCUUUUCACCUAUCAUUGCUACUUGUGACAUUUAGCAGUCAGUAAGCAGCGCUACUCCAUUUAAGUAGUGUUGAGCAUUUUAAAGCAGCACUGUCAUGCCGAACUUACCUUUCCUCAAUCUCUUCUUCUUCUACCCCUCUCUCAAGAUCUGUUCUUCUUUAGUUUUUUUUUAAAAUCAUAAGACAAAGUAGGGACUCUUUGCCUCAUGGAAGUUUCCUCCGCUUGACCAGCUCUGACCAGCGGAGGAGCAAAGUGUGCUUCAUUUCCGCUGGUCAGAGCAAUUUCCCAUAAUUCUUACCUUUCCUCUGCGAUGCUUCCUGUCAUUUUAGCCGAAACUACCGAAUUGCAUUCUAACUGAAUGAGAACAGUUAAUCCAUUCGUGUUAGGAUGCAAUUCGGCACUUUAUUUGUGUCGGAAUUUCAUUAGAAUGAAUGAAACUCCGAUCCUAUUCGUGCUGUGGCUGCAUCUUGCAGCUGCUUAGUAGAUAACUCCCUAAUUCCCACAGUAUCAGGGAGUUAUCUACUAAAAUGCUGAAAGACCUAAAUUGGUCUUUCAGCCACAUUUACUAAGUAAAAAAUUACUUAGUAUUAGUAAAUGCUGCCCCUACUUGCUAUACCGCGAGUAGGGGCACGUCUAGUAAACAGUGAGCAGCCUGUGGCUGCUCACUGUAAAAAAAAAUAAAAAAAAUAACCUAUUGGCCCACACCCCUAAACGACGGGUGGGAGCCCUAAAGUAAAAUAAGGGGGGAGACCUAUUGUCCCCCCCCAUCCCCCACCCCUGCGCGGUGGGUGGGGGCCAUAAAUUACAAUGAGGAGGGGGGACCUACUGUCAUCCCCCUCUCCUGCCCCCACCCCUGGGCGGGGGGGACCUACGGUCCUCCCCCACCUGGCCCCCACCCCAGGGCGGUGGGUGGGGGCCAUAAUGAUAAUGAGGGGGGGGGACACCUACUGUCCACCACCCCUGGGUGGCGGGUAGGUGGCCAUAAUGAUAAUGAGGAGGGGGGGGACCUACUGUCCUCCCUCACCCCCCCUGGGCGGUGGCGGGUGGGGGCCAUAAUGAGGAGGAGGGACCUACUGUCCUCCCCCGGCCCCCACCCCUGGGUGGUGGGUGGGGGCCCUAAGACAAAUUCCCCCCAUCAAAGGUGACUAGGGGUCCCUAAGCGCCUAGUCACCCACACCCCCACCCAAAUAAAAAGGCCCCUACCUACCCCCCUCACCCUAAAAAAUAGUGAGGAGGGAAUAAAAUUACUAACCUGUAAAGUAAAAUUAAACUUACUAUUCAACGUCUUCUUUUUUCUAAAAUCUUCAUUUUUCAGCCUCAAAAAAGCCAAAUUAAAAACCAUCAUACCCGUCGAACUUAAAAUAAAAUAAAAAAACCCGAGUGCAAAAAAAAAAAGAGUAGGUUUUCCCCCCCCCCCAUUAUCAUUAUGGCCCCCACCCGCCGCCGGGGGGGAGGACAGUAGGUCGUCCCUCCCCAUCAUUAUGGCCCCCACCCGCCGCCCAGGGGUGGGGGCCCGGGGAGACAGUAGGUGUGUGUCCCCUCAUUAUCAUUAUGGCCCCACCCGGCUGCGUGCCGGUAGCUCCCUCCUUGUAAUAAACUGAACGAACAAACAAACACUGAUAUUCAGUGUUAGUUUGUUCGUCUGAUUUUUCUAUUCAUUGAUUCGUCACUCUGACGAAUGAAUGAAUGAAUGAAUAGAUGAAAUUCCCGUUCGCAUGUGCGGGAAUCUCACAGUCUAUCUAGUGUGGGCAGAUGACGUGUCCCACAGGGACUUCAUCUACCCACACAAAGAUGGCGGCGCCCUGAAUAUAGAUCGGGGCAGAAAAUAAAGAAUAAUAGGUAAUAUGGAGGGCUUAGGGGCAUUUGGGGGUGACUAGGGGGUCAAUUGGGUGUAGUGGAGGCGGGAGAGGGGUUAAAAAAAAAAAACGGAUUCGCCAUGACAGUGCCGCUUAAAGUAACGUCCUGGCAGUCCCGAUAGGAGAAAUAGAAUAAUGAGGAUAAUCUAUUAAAGUGUUGCUUCACUUGCUUUUUUUUGCUUUUUUUGGGCUCUGUCUUUUUUUUUGAAUGCACACAUUUAUUUCAGUAACACAAUAGAUUCGUCAAUCUUUCCAUCACUUUUUCACCAGAAUAGUCUUCUGUUUCACUUCUCUUUUAUUUUACCACUCUAAAUUUGGCAGUCUUUAUUGAAAUGUGAAGUUUAGGUAGCGAAACCUCUACACAGGACAUACUUGAAAACGAGAGAAAUCUCAAUGUGGCUUUCCUGGUAUAAAUAAAUACAUUUUAGACCACUUGUAGAGCAAUUUAAUAAUACAAACAGAUUAGAGACCAAAAAUAAAGCACACAUUUCAGAACACUGAUAAAUAGUCCUCAUUGUUUCAGUUUCUACUAUAGGACUGCAAUGUUAGCCUUGUUUUAACUUGAUUAUCAUGUAAUGAGCUAAAUCUUUAAUACACAUUGUAAAGAAAACUGAGAAUUACAGCUGCAUUGCAGGGCUUGGCUUGAGAGCUAACAGAAGUUCCUGUUUACGAAUUUUUGUCUCUCCGGCAUUACACAUUUUUAGAAUUCCGAUCAUUCAUUCCACUAGGGAUCCUGUAGGAAUCACCUUGACUAUAUAAUUAUGGAGAUGGUGGAGGAAGUACUUCUUCAGACGCCCUCUUUCACACUAACUGCAAAACAGCACAACAAGGGAGUUCUAUGUAACCAAUAUAAUGGAUUCAGCAAGUAAUACAUACAGUAUAAUAUGACUACAUUGCAGCUAUAGCAUCAAUAAAUAUGCCUAGUAAACAAGGAAAAGAUUCUCUACCUUGUUUUAUUUUUAUUUUUUUCUAAUUUUUAUUUAAAGUUUAUUGGUGGUAUAGCAGAGUACCGCAUGAUAAGACAAAGCCUAUGUAGGCAUAAAAGACAAAAAGGAAAACAUAAAGGCAAACAAAAGUAAUACCCAGUAUAGGCUAUGCAGUUCAUUGGUGCCUGUACACCACCAUGAGCAUAUGCAGGUUUAUAAAGUGUUUUUGUCUUCAAUCAGGAAAGUUGUUCACAAGCAGCAAACAAAGGAGAGAGAGAAAUGAAAAAUACCAAAGGGAUGUUUUAUCAUUUAAGUAGUUUGUACACUUAGUACAAAGACUGUCUUAACUGGAAAAGAGAGCUUUAAUGUUUUAUUGCGAUACACAUGUUAAAUUGUUGUACUGUGAAAUACCAUGUUCCCAAAUAUUGCAUUAUUCCGUUAAUUAUUAGGAUCUUCCCCGUUUUUUGUGUGUUUGUGUGUUAUAAAUUGAGUUGAGCUUAAUCCUUUAAUAUAUAUGUAUUUUUCUCCCUUUUUGUAGAACUGGAGAAAGUUCUUACCGCGCUUGUUUUUCUUUUCAUUCAUCAUAUUGUGAGGUAUGUGGUGUUACAAAGACAUAGUAUAUAUAUAUAUUUUUUUUUUAAUAAAGAAGGAUCAUUUCACCCUGCUAUUUGACUGAACCAUUGAGGCUUUCAUUAGGUUGGCUUGGAACACAGAGACAGUGUACUUAGCGUUAACAGUUUUCCUCAAUUUUUUUCAUUAUACAUUUAUUAAGGUACAUAGUAAUACCCCCAUUGUAAUAUGUCUGACAUGACCUCUUAUUGUGUUCAACCAAUGUAUGUCAGGCAAGGUGGCAGAGCCAGUGGUUACAUGGUGUGUUACCUUUAUAUUCCCAGCUGCCCAACCCAGAUUUAUCCGACCUGCUUUACAAGGCAUAUUUUGUUAAAGCUUUUAAUGUGUGACUUUUAAAGAGGACAUGUUACUUUCAGAGAUGUUCACAGUCUUUGGUCCCUCACCCCAUUAAACAUUAUUUUAACAUUUACUGGUAUGAAAUGAGCAAUGGAGGUAAGUUAACAAAACUUACUUACCUUCGUUAUACUUGUGAAUUUUGGCACGCUCGAGCAUCUAACUGACAAAUUCCAUAUGUUGACAUAAAUUCCAUAUGCUUGUAUAAUUUCUCCAGCAGUGCCAUAAACACACAUGCCAUGCAUACAUCACUAAUUUAUAUACUUGUCCGCAUUGGUCUCCAAGAUUUGCAAGCUAAAAUCUUAAGACCUUUAAAUAAUAUUAAAAACACCCUUGGCAAAACCAAUAGCUCUCUUUUAGUUGCCGUGUUUUCCCGAAAAUAAGACCUAACCCGAAAAUAAGCCCUAGCUGGAUUAUCGGGGUGGGCUGCAAUAUAAGCCCUAUCCCGAAAAUAAGACCUAGGCAGGGCCGGCGGCUGCCGGCCCUUUAAAUGCCACAGCCGACUGAGCGCUCUAUAGAGAGCGCUCAGACGGCUGCCGCACUGCCUCACCUCCCCUUCCCUGUAGCAUGGCCGAGCUCCUCUCCGGUCCGCGACCCGGCCGGACUGACAGGAAGUGCACACCCUGGGUGUGCAGUUCCUGUCAGUCCGGCCGGGUCGCGGACCGGAGAGGAGCUCGGCCACGCUACAGGGAAGAGCAGGUGAGGAGAAGAUUGGAGGGGGGGGUAGUAUUACAGGGGAGGGAGGGGGGAGUAUUACAGGGAGGGAGGGGGGCUUAGAGAGUAUUACAGGAGAGGGGGGGAGAGUAUUACAGGGAGGGAGAGGGGGAGAGUAUUACAGGGAGGAGGGAGGAGGGGGGGAGAGUAUUACAGGGAGGGGAGGGGAGAGGGGGAGAGUAUUACAGGAGGGGAGGGAGAGGGGGGAGAGUAUUACAGGGAGGGAGAGGGGGGAGAGUAUUACAGGGAGGGAGAGGGGGGAGAGUAUUACAGGGAGGGAGAGGGGGAGAGUAUUACAGGGAGGGAGAGUAUUACAGGGAGGGAUGGAGGGAGAGGGGAGAGUAUUACAGGGAGGGGGAGGUGAGGGUCUCUGGGGGGGUUACACAGCGCGGACACCGGCUGACAGACUGGCUCUAAGCCCUACCAUGAAAAUAAGCCCUAGUGUGUUUUUUGUGACUAAAAUUAAUAUAAGACCCGGUCUUAUUUUCGGAGAAACACGGUAGCUAUUUGGUUGUGCUAAAAGUGAAGUGACAGUUCCUCUUUAACCUCAAGGUGGCAGCAUAAUCAAAUACUAGGACAGAUAUUGUGUUUAGAUGACCAGUUUCUCUAAAGACAAGAACAACAUCACCAGUGCUGUAGUAUGGAUUUUAACUUUUUACUUUUAUAAAAAAAUUUUUUAGGGGGACAUUUAUUCACCCUUAAUUAUUCUUUUAAGCCUGAAAGGUUUGUGGGUUCAGAUGUCAGCAAAAUAGUAUUUGUUUGGCAGGUUUCAUGACAGUGUCUCACAUAAAACUUUCCUUUUAUGGUAUUUUCACAUUUACAAGAUUAUUCACUUAAUUCCAUAUUGUAGCCAAUUAAAAUCUCAAUUACCAAACUGAGGUUAAAAUAGCUAAAAUGUCACAAUGGCAGUUUUGGCAAAAUUAGCUGAUUUUGGAAAAUUCUCCAUUAGUGAAUAACCCUAGCAGUUUUUGGUUCUUGGUAAAUUUGUAAAUGCACCUAAUACUUGUAUAUCACCAGAAACUGUCAUAGUUGGCAUAAACACAAUUUUAACUUGCUGCCUUGACCAUCUAUAGCUUGGAUUAGAGUGUGACCAUUGUUUGUUGGAACCUUUUCGCACAAAUACUUGCUCCUUAUUUCAAAGCCCUAGAACGGGGUAGGCACCCUACGGCACUAGUGCCAUGCACGGCACUCGAGGUGCCUUUGCAUGGCAGUCAAGGCUGCUAGAGCCAAACAGGCUCUGGCCUAUCAGGAGUCCCAGUAAAACUUCAGAUACCUGCUAAUACGAAGAGGUGGUGAAGGACAAUUCUCAAUUUAUGCAUUGCAGCACGUAGAGGAAGUGCUCUCUGAUCACUUCCUCCCAGCACUUGUGAAUGGGAAUCCACACAGUAGUAGAGCAGCCUGCAGUUGUUGUUGCAGCUCCUGUCCUUGACCUGUACCUGGCCAGCCUGGUCCCCACUGGAACCCAAGGAAGCCACCCACACUGCAAGAUGUACACAGAAAUGCAGAAAGACCCUCCCCUCAUACAAGUAAUACGGACAACCCACACACAAACAUACACACAAUCCGCACAAACGCAACACCACUAACAAUCCACAUACAUGCACAUAACCCCACAUGCAGCCUCUCACAUGCUAUACCCCAAACAGCCCCACACAUACACACACUACCAAACACACAAUGUGACAUAUCCAUCCACACACACAAUUCCACAAGCUGCCCCCAUACACAGCCCACAUUCAUAUGUAUCAUACACGAUACCACAAUCUACUCAUGAACAUAUACAAUAUAAUAGCUCAUAUACACACAAAUACAGCGAUACAAAGCAAUUACAGUAUAAAUAACACAAGCAGAAUACAGCAGCAUACACACCUCAAUUUAAAAAAAUAAAAUAAAAUUAGGACCGGCACGCUACGGGACAUCACAAUCCUAUAUCGGCACAGUGCUGCUAAAAGGUUGCCUAUCCCUGCCCUAGAACAUUAACUAUUUUGUUCCUUUUUUUUCUUUUUUCUUAGAUUAAAGAUUUUUUGAAUUACAUUCAGCCAAUGUAUGUUUAUCCCAAUGUGAUUCCUUUGGGGAAAACAAAAAAAAAUGUAGAAGAUAUGUGAGUAUAUUGUGUUUUUUUUUGUUUUUUUUUUUAACCAAUAACCUAUAAGCACAUGAUACAAAUAGAAUUGUCUAGUUAAUGAAGUGGAAGCCACUGGCCAAGAUCUAAAAUAUAACUGAUUAGGUUUAUUGCAAUAUCAUUUAUGAUAACAUAGCAAUUUUCUAAUAAAAUAUGAAACCUGUAUGAAUCACAUUAGAAUAAGCCCAACCCUCCCUGUCGGAAAUAAAUAAAUAAAUAAAACAAAAUCACUUUUACUUACAUUUCUUCCCAGCUGAGGGGCCACCCCACUUCCUAGCUGAGAUUGCCAAGAUUGAUAAACUCAGCCAAUCCAAUGCAUUUCCAUAGGAAAGCAUUUGUUGUCAAGUGUGCGUGCGUGGCAAAUCCCCACGCUUCACCACUAGUGGUGUGUUUAACCCUGCAACAGUAUAUUAGAUUUCAUGGUUAAAAAUAAAAGCCUCUGCACCCAGACCACUUAAUUGAGAUGAAGUUGUCUGGGUGCCUUUAGUGAUCCUUUAAGCAAAAACUAGUUAAAGAGUAACUGUCAUCCUGUCAUCAUUUUUCUUUCUACUUUGUUUUUGUUUUUGUUUUUGUUUUUUUUAAUUAUUAACCACUUCUAAAUAUGCCCACCUCCCAUUUUUGUUUUAAAACUUGGUGGAUUUAAAAAAAACUAAAAUUGGAGAGACGUUGACCACGUCUUUAUAUGCGCCCUGAUGUAAUUUUUUUGCACCCCGGAACCGAAUGUGUUACUAACCCCAGUACACAAGUGCAAAUAGAUAUUCCUACCACCAGGAUUACUUCUAAAAGCAGUAGAAGCAGAAGUAACUCUUUAACUUCCCAGUAAAAUAUUCUCUACAUCUCCUUCAGCCAACAGUCCUAAUCUUACCUGUACAUGGCCUGUUUAUCACAGCAAUAGAUUUCAAUUCUAGAAUGAACCUAUUAAUUAAAAUUAUGCCACAUGCCCUGCUAUAAUAGACCUAACUAAUAAAAUGCAUUUGAUUAUUCAGCUCACCCACAUCAGAUUAUUUCUCUUUUACAAAAUCUGUUUGCUCUCAUUUGACACAACAAAUGCAAUUUGUGUUUAUUAUAGCUCACAGCUACAGCCAAGGAAUCUAAAGUGAAAUGAUUGCACACUCCGAGAGUUGGCUACACACUGCUGUUUGGCAUGGCGCUUUUUUUUUUUUACACAUGUUUAAUAUUUCUGCUUUUUUUUUCUAUUCAUCACUACAGCUUGAAGCCAUUUUGUAGGUCUAAUUUUGACAGUCCAGUUGUAUUGUAUAAACCCCUAGGAACUCUGAAAAGACCAAAAACCACAGAUCCAUCAAACACAGGUGGGACCCUCAUAAAAUAUUUUUGUUGAUUCAUUUUAUUUACGUAAGGAACCAUGACAUAAAGCAGGCAUCCUAUUUCAAACUCUGGUCCCAUUGGAUGUUAAUGAACUACAUCUCGCAUGAUUCUCUGCCCAUCUGUUGCAUUCAAAGAAUUCUGGGAGUUGUAGGCCAUCCGCAUCUGAUGAGCCAAAGUUUGAGAUCCCUGUCAUAAAGAGAUACUGCGUAAGGCAGAGUGUACAUUCCUUAGUUGGUAAUAAUUUUACAUUAGUUGCCUUGUACAGUCAUAAACAACACUACCAAGGUAGAUAUAAAUAACAGAGAGGUUUGGCGUGGGGGGGGUCCUAUGUGACUCCAAAAGCUGUCCGUUAUAUCAUAGUGUGUCAGAAUUAUUCUGAUGUAGUUGUGACCAAAUAUUUGUGUAUGUCUGUAUUGUAUCUGUGACACAGUAAGACAAUUCUCCUGUGGGUCUUAAUUGUUUUGUUUUAUGUGGGACCAUUUCUGUGUCUCAUUGUUUGUUGUGCAAUUAGCCCACAAAGUAAAACAAAAAACUUUUAUGUGCAUGAUCUCCUAAUGACACAAUCAUAUUAGCAUAAGUACCUGCAUGCCUAAGAGUGAUAUGUAUUAUUUUCUACAUAUCCAAGUAGAUGUUCUAAGGCUGUGUAAUUAUUGAGGCACAGGACUGUUGUUUAGCAAGACAUUUUUACGGUGCAGAAUAGGAGACAUUGUUGAAGUUGAUCCCUCCUCCGACUAGGAAACCUAUAUUUUCCAAAGUGUGUGUUUGUUUUUUACUUUGUUGAUAAAUGUAUAUCUUUUUCUAACACAAUGUCAACAGAUGAAGACUGUGUUGAUUUAUUUGAUGACCACUCACUGACUUAUUUGAGGAGCAAGAUUUCCAGAGGGUGUAAGUGGACAUCAGAGAUUGUAAAAGAAGAAAAUGUCUCAUCCAAAGAUCACCGUAACAUUGAUAUACCCAUAGGUCCAAGCGAAGCCUCGAUUAACUUUUCUUUGCAAAAAAACUAUGUGGACUGUGAGGAAUCCAAUGGAGAGGAUGAGGAAGAUGAAGAAGACUUUAAAGAAGAUGAAUCUCCUACAGUACAUUCCAAUACCACAAAUGGGUAUAUGACAUCUAAAAAUCUGAAUGAAGAGAAUAAAGUGGCCAGUGGCUCUCAAAAUGUGACUGCUGAUCCAGAGGAUGAUGCUGUGCCCAAGUGGUGCACUUUCUUUCAUUGUGCCAUUACGAAAGAUAAUCUUUCUGACCCACAGGAGUGUGUUUCAGCUUCUGGUGAACACAAAUGUUCUCAGUCCCCUCUUUUAAGCGAUUCAGACUCUGAUUCAACUCAUAUUUCCUCCAUAAAUUCCUCCCAGUCCACCCAUAUCUCAGAGCAAGGCAGCCAAGGAUGGGAUAAUCAAGCUGACACUUUACUGCUGUCAACUCAAGAAAAAGCUGCUGCAAGUGUAUGCACUUUAAACAGAUACCCUUAUCUUGUAUUGGGUUUUGGAGAACAAGUAUUUACAGAAGCAUCUGUAGCUGAGGCAGCACAAACAAAUGAUCGCGAUCAUCAUGAUGAAACAUCCAGCGUCACAUCUCCAGUAAGACCUGUCUCGGACAGAAGGAAAGGCAAUUCACAGGGGGAAGAAGGCGACCAUGCCAUAUUGAAGUCAAACUCCCAGAGCUCCUCUGACUUUGAAAUCCCUUCUUCACCUGGUGCUGAGCAACCUAAAUCACCUGUGCUGCAAUAUUUAUAUGAACGCCUAGCCACAGGGGAGCCUCUCAUGACAGACAAGCAACUGUAGCAUUUUACCGGUGUGUGUGUGUGUUUUUUGUUUUUUUUUGUGUGUGUUUUUUUUUGUAGUGUUUGUCAACGUUCAUUGCUGCUGAUAUUUUAUUGAAUUGCUUUUUGUUCAUUCCUAUUUCUAAGCGACCAACAGAGACAACUAGUUUUGGUUUUCUCCCUAUAAGACUGCUGUUAUACAGUUGAAUUAACUACACAUAUCAGGGAUCAUUGUUUGUUUAUUGUUGCAAUAUUUAUAGACUGUUUUGGCACAAAUCUGUUUUGAAAUCUGAUAAACAAGUUUUAUUUUUUGUUUUCUUUUUCUCAUGUUUUUAUCUUUGCUAUAAAAUAAGUUUAAAAAGUUGAGCUGGCAUGACAAUAAGAUCUGUACAAUUAUGUAAUGCCUAAAAUAUUUGUUUUUAAUUUUAAAAUCAAGCUAGACCUUUUCUCUAUAAUAAAGAACCAGUUUGGAAAAUGUAAAUCGAUGAAAAUUUACAGAUUUACUCUGGCUUUUUUCCCCAUUGUGUAAUUCUAUUUUCUUUAGACAUUCCUUUAGUUGCUGAGGCUGUAAAAAACAUUUUUUGUAAACCAUGUUGGAAAAUUUACAGUCAAUGUGUAAGUUAAAUUAAUAAAAGAACAGAUCUGCA